AACGUGAUGUAAGCGCUGCACCAGAAUGCGUGUCAUAUUUGAGGGUGUAGGGGAAAUGGCCGCCAUUGCUAAGAUAUUUGGCCUACUUCUAAUCCCUCCGACGAUGAACCAGCAUUAAUUCACAACACCAUGCUUUUCCUUUCAUGCAUUUAGCGUUUUCUCUGCACAAAACGCGCAGUAUAUAAUACUUAAGAACCGUCGUUGCGUUGCGUUCACGUGUCAUAGGAAUGUGUGGCAGCGGUGUUUACCUCCUCGCUGCGCCCCAUGACUUGUUUUGAUGGCGACCACGUGACCGACUCCGAGAGUAGGACGUCCCCGCUGUCUUUUUGAGCACAUUACAAACAAGUUGCAGAUAAGGGGACGAGAAGGAGUCGCCCGAGGAUAGUUCCUACCGAAAACACUUCGACGUGACGCCGCCUGCCUGCUACUAUUAGUUAUUAUCGCCGGACUGGAUGAGCUGCGCGGAGUUCACGGACGAAACGCUCCACACGUGAAGCCCCGAAAACUUUGAAAACUUUUGACACGUUGACUGAUGGGACAUGGCGAAGGCCGCUCCAUCAUCAUCACCAGCGGCGGCCACGACCUCUCACCCGGGAGGCAUCGAAGCCUUGAAUUUGAAGGCGGGGCCGGCGAGGAGGAACCUCUUCGGGUCCGUGGACCACCAGCAGCUGCAGCAGGACUUCCGGCGGCUGCUCAGCAUGAACGUGGAGGCGGCCAAAAAGCGCUGGAACUUUGACUUCCAGAGGGAGGUGCCGGGAGAGGGCUCCGACGUCGAGUGGGAGGAGCUACGCAGCCAGGACGUGCCGGCGUUUUACCACAGCUGCACGAUGCGACCGGCGCCACGUCCAAUGCCCGAGAGCCGGGCACCGUCUUCGUCCGGGGGCGAGGGUUCCUCCCCCGGGCACAGCAGCUCGUCCGGGUCCGGGGACGAGUACCUGGAGGUGACCACGAGGGGGCGCUACCGGAUCGGACUGCACGGACAGCGCAAGCAGUCGGCCAUCACAGAUUUCUUCAAGGUGAAGAAGAGGAAGCUGCUGCACUACAAGCCGUCUUCUUGGCAGUAGAAAAGCACCACUAGACUCAGCGGGAUGUCGCCUCACACAGACAUGUAUCAUACCGUAUACAUACAUGUAUGUGUAUACAUAUAUAUAUGUAGCAACUUGUAAGUGACUGUCCACAAGCUCAUUCAGCACGAGCUACAGAACUCCUCUGACAUCAUAUUUCAUUUUCAGCACAAGGAAGCUACCAUUUUUCCUAGUAAAUCCAGCUCAGUCUUAAGCAACGGUUUUUGUUGAAUUGUAAGAAAUGAUAUGUUAAAUAUCCAGUUUUCCUCAGCUUUGACUAUACUGUGAAAUUGUUUUGUAUGCACUCUUAAUAACAGAAAACAGGCUCUAGUUUUAAGAAGUUAAUUUUCUUCCCAACGUAGUAUUUGACAUCAGUCCUCCACUUCUUCUUUUUUUUUUUUUUUGUGUGUGUGUGUGUCUCCUCUGCUGCCCGCUAAAAGUCACUAGAGGCUUUAAUUAGAUGAGUUACUAUUUCGGGACUCGCACUUCGCCUGCAGCCUCGGCCCCGGGGCUCGGGUAGCACAAGCAGGGGUCAAAACCUCACCCAGGACCCAGAAUCAAGCAGCGCGCAUGUGAUUAGCCCCGGGGCAAAAGUCAAAAGGUGGAGUUUCACCGAUGAGGUCAUGCAAUCGUAUUUUUCCAACAGCGACUUCAGGUCCUCUUGAGACAUUUAAUUUAUUACUCCUGAAACUAGAUCCUUGUCGUUUCAAUGCGUAACACAAGGUAAGCGGAGAAACCUGACUAGGUCAUUUACACUCCACUUAAACAUAUUGGCAACAUAUAGUGAACACAUUAACAAAAAAAGAGUUACAAACUGUAAAUCAUAUUCUUUGUGCAAUGCAUUAUUGGCAUUAAAAAUGUAAAAAUAGAUGUAUAUAUGUUUUGGGGCAACAGACCGGAACAUCCCUUAUUUAGUUUUGUCGGCUUUACACUUGUAAUAAUGUAGCAUUUCUCCAGUCUUCAUGUGACGUCCACCUCUUAGGUGCUAAAUACGCCUCUUUUUCUUUUUUCUUCCAUGAAGGGACUGAAGUGUUAAAUCACUGUGUUGCAGCUCAAUGAAAUCCAAACCUCUUGGUUUCACUUUUGGGCUUUUAAAAUUGUUUUUUUUUUCUUCUUGUAUGAAGACUCUUCCCCGUUUCUGUCUCCAUACGUGUGUGUGUGUGUGUGUGUGUGUUUAUACAUCCAUGCAUAGUUGUUUGUGUAUGCAUGCGUUUGUUUGGUUUUCAUCUUGAGGUUUACUAUAGAUUGCAACAGUUGUGGCAGCAAACCUCGGCUGAACCAAAAACAGAUCGCCGUGCCAAUAAAUCACACACGUCAAGUCCCGUCACGCCACAACCGUUUGACUUAAAGUUUGGGGCUGUCAAAUAGGACGCAGCUACUUCUAUUUCCUACCUACAGUCGCUCUAAUUUGGAUAUGGAUGAAGAGCCAUAACCCGGAUUGAUCCACAAUUACUACCUCAUCAAGUGAUCCAAGUUACAUGAAAAAUAGCAACACCAGUGGAGGGCGGGUUGUGUGCGUUUAAAGGGCAAAAGAGAGAAACAAGGGGGAGGGGUUUGUUGUGGUAAAAAUACUGAUGAGGUUCAGCGCUGGGUGUCGAGUUUCACAGCGCGUAAAAGAGUCCGUGUGUCAGAGCAGACAAACCGCGUCGAGAGGGAAACUUUAAUAAGUGAACAAUUAUUAACAGAAAAUGUCUCCCGGUCUCUCUUUCACAACACGGAGCGCCUCGAUCCCUGAAAAUAAUCACCUAGAAAAAGAGUUUUUCAUAAUCACGUUGUUCUUUCAGAGCUCAACGAGGCGAUAGUAACAAACACGGCUGUUUUGAAAUUUUCAGGAGGAUUACUUUCUUUUCUGGUCAACGUGUGAGAGAGUAACUGUUUGUGUGCAUCUUCUCAAACUUUCAAAGUCUAUUAUUAACUUAUUUUGAAUUUGUAUCCUUUGUCCUGAGCGGAAAUCCUUUUAAAGUCUCUUUUAAACUACUAAUUGUGUUAUUUCUGAAAAUAUAUCUUUGCACUACUUCAAACUUUUUUUUUUUAUAUAUGGUAAUCUUGAAAAAACAAAUAUUUGCAGAGUUACUGAGACACACAUCACAUAUUUGUGAUUUUAAAUUAGUACAAAAAAAUGUUUCCCCUCAAAUCACGCUUUAUUAGGUUGUUUUUGUAGCUCGUUUGUCCUUCCAAAGUCAGACAGGUGGAAUACAAAUAAAUCAAGGAAAGCUAAAACAAUAAAUAUGAAGAUUGAUCCAUUGAGCAAACUUUGCUUUCCAAAAUCACCUGUCGCAGCUAUAUUGAAGUGUAGCGUAUCUUUCUUGUAAUUUUGUAUAUGCAUGAAUGGAUGAUAAUCUCUGUUCAACAUUUGUAAUAAUUUUAUUGUAAUUUAAUGCUGGUUUGUAUAUCCCUGUAACAUGUAAAAAGUGGAUAUGUUUGUGAUGAGAAUCAUAUUUGUAAAGAAAAUAUAUUUCUGGGUUGUCGGUACGCUGUUGCCUUUCGUAUUGUUGAUUUCUUAUAGCGUGCUCAAAAUAAUAAAAAUGAGUAAGACUGAUACAAACUACAAAA